CAGCAACGAGCAUUGAAAAUGGAAGAAGAAAACAAAUACUUAAAGUGAGAGCAAAUUCGUCAGAGACGAGUCUGGGGUAGGUAAAUAAUCCAUUGAUGGAAGUUAAACCUCAGAAUUUACGUGAGAUUAAUCUAACUGUUAGAGCCUGAAGAAAAUUUAAAUCUGAGAAUGAAUCCAAACCAGAAAACUUCAAAUGAAUCUGCUAACAGUGGAGCAAGUAGUAGCACUCCUUCAGAUCUGACUAGCUUACCAAAAGGACUCCUAGGACGUGCAGGUGUUCCCUUAGGUCGUGGUGCAAGACUACCAUCUAUUCGGGGACCAAGAGACUUAACAUUAGGGGGAAUACCGAAAAGAGUUUUUACUCCAAACAUUCCAACUCGACGUGAUCGUUCUAAGGAUGCAGAUCAAAAAACUCAGUCUUCUUCAAAGCCAUCUUCAAGAGGUGGGCAAAGAGAACGUGGGGGUGACAGAGGACGAGGAGGAGCUCGGGGACGAGGGAGGGGUGAACUCAUACAAACUGAGGGACUUGUCUUUGGAGAGGGUCCAAGUGAUCAAAUGAUGAAGAAAGGAUCUUGGGGGUCUCGCUCAUAUGGCAGUGGUGACAAAGAGCCAAACUUCAUGGCCAAACCCAAGUUCACACCCACACCAAAUAGAACCAAACAGGAAAAAGAAGAAGAUGAGGCCACGUUGAAGGAAAUAUUAAAAGAUGAUUUUAUUGAUGACCCAAAUGAACGAGGAGAAAAGAUUCAGCCUGUCCAACUUCCUCUGUAUAACUCAGUGAAGCAAGAAAUUAAGACUGAGAAUAAAAAUGAUGUAUUCCUUGGGAAGCAGAGAAUUAGAAUUAAACAAGAACCAGUGGACGAUGAUGAUGUGGAAAUGAAAACUGACUUGAAACCAAAUGUACAAGGUGAAGAACAAAGUAAAAGUGAGAAAGGACAAAUCACAGCGAAAGAUUUGUUUACCAACGUUCAGGAAUCAGAACUUUUAUUUUUUCAAUUUCCAACUAUUCUUCCUGGAUUUGUUGAUAGUCCAGAUGAGGAGGUUAAGCCUAACAUUAAAACUGAACAUACAGAAAGUAACAAGCAUACAUCAUCCAUCAAAACAGAAAAAGGAGAAGGUGAUCAGUUACCUUCCAAGUUUGGCUGCAGUUUGGCUGAUCUACCAGAGGGCUAUAUUGGUAAACUUCAAGUGCUUAAAUCUGGCAAGACCCGAUUGCGAUUAGGGCCUGUGGUAAUGAAUGUUGAGAUGGGAACGCCUGUGGGAUUCCUUCAGGAUCUGGUUUCACUGAGGUUAAUCAAAGAUGCAGGAGAUAUGACUGUAUUGGGUCAUGUUCAACAUAAGCUAGUGCUCUCUCCAGAUAUAGAAAAUAUACUCUCUUUGUGUAAAGGAUGACCAUAAGUAUCAGAGUUAAUAAAAAUUAUGGGUUUUACAAGUA